AUGACGCUGCUUGUCGGCGUCAUUUCGGCAGCGAUGCCUAUUGAUGCCGCUUGUCGGCGGCAUUUCAGCAGAUGCUCAUCUGCAGCCACGGUCCUCUGUGGCUCAUUGUUUGGCGCCCGCCAGACGGAAAAGUAUUCUCUCUUUCUAGCUUUCUAUAAUUAUGAUGCAAGGGGAGCAGAUGAACUUUCCUUACAAAUAGGUGACACCGUACAUAUAUUAGAAACAUAUGAAGGUUGGUACAGAGGUUACACAUUAAGAAAAAAAUCAAAAAAGGGCAUAUUUCCUGCUUCCUAUAUUCAGCUUAAAGAAGCAAUAGUUGAAGGAAAAGGACAGCAUGAAACAGUCAUACCCAGUGAGCUCCCACUAAUUCAGGAAGUCACCACAACACUACGAGAGUGGUCCAUAAUAUGGCGGCAGCUAUAUGUGCAAGAUAACAGAGACAUGUUCCACAGUGUACGACACAUGAUAUAUGAUCUUAUUGAAUGGAGAUCACAGAUACUUUCUGGAACUCUACCCCAAGAUGAGCUCAAGGAACUGAAAAAGAAAGUGACUGCCAAAAUAGAUUAUGGAAACAGGAUUCUUGAUUUGGAUCUGGUUGUAAGGGAUGAAGAUGGCAACAUUUUAGAUCCAGAACAAACCAGCACAAUCAGCCUUUUUAGAGCUCAUGAAAUAGCUUCCAAGCAAGUUGAGGAAAGACUACUAGAAGAAAAGUCUCAAAAGCAGAACAUUGAUAUUAACAGACAAGCCAAAUUUGCCGCCACGCCUUCGUUUGCUUUAUUUGUAAAUUUAAAAAAUGUAGUCUGCAAAAUAGGAGAAGAUGCUGAAGUCCUGAUGUCUCUGUACGACCCACUAGAAUCAAAGUUUAUCAGUGAAAACUAUCUAGUUCGAUGGUCAAGUUCUGGGCUGCCUAAAGACAUAGACAGGUUACAUAAUCUUCGAGCUGUGUUCACUGAUCUUGGCAGCAAAGACCUGAAAAGAGAGAAAAUCAGUUUUGUCUGUCAGAUUGUAAGAGUUGGCAGAAUGGAACUAAGAGACAACAACACAAGAAAACUAACCUCUGGGCUAAGACGACCUUUUGGAGUAGCAGUAAUGGAUGUAACUGACAUAAUUAAUGGGAAAGUUGAUGAUGAGGACAAACAACACUUUAUACCAUUUCAACCGCUAGCAUUGGAUGACGCCAUUCGACACAAGCAGUUGAACAUAUCAUCCCGUUUUUCACCCAGGGUGGCAGGGGAGAAUGAUUUCCUUCAGACUGUUAUAAACAAAGUGAUUGCUGCUAAAGAAGUUAACCACAAGGGUCAGGGUUUAUGGGUGACUUUGAAACUUCUUCCAGGAGAUAUUCAUCAGAUUAGGAAAGAGUUUCCUCACUUGGUGGAUAGGUCCACAGCUGUGGCUCGGAAAAUGGGGUUUCCUGAGAUUAUUAUGCCUGGUGACGUUCGCAAUGAUAUCUAUGUAACAUUAGUUCAAGGAGAUUUUGACAAAGGCAGCAAAACAACAGCAAAGAAUGUAGAAGUUACAGUAUCUGUUUAUGAUGAAGAUGGCAAAAGAUUGGAGAGUGUGAUUUUUCCUGGGGCUGGUGAUGACGCUAUCUCGGAAUACAAGUCAGUGAUCUAUUACCAAGUGAAACAACCUCGCUGGUUUGAGACUGUCAAGGUGGCAAUUCCGAUUGAAGAUGUGAACCGCAGUCAUUUAAGGUUUACAUUCCGUCACAGAUCAUCACAGGACUCCAAAGAUAAAUCAGAGAAAAUAUUUGCUUUAGCAUUUGUGAAGCUGAUGAGAUAUGAUGGAACAACUUUAAGGGAUGGAGAGCAUGAUCUUAUAGUGUACAAGGCAGAAGCAAAGAAGUUGGAGGAUGCCUCAACGUAUUUAAGCUUGCCAUCCACUAAAAUAGAAUUGGAAGAAAAAGGGCACGCCACAACUGGGAAGAGCAUGCAAAACCUUGGAAGUUGCACCAUCAGCAAAGAUUCUUUCCAGAUUUCUACUCUUGUUUGUUCAACAAAACUCACUCAGAAUGUGGAUCUCUUGGGGCUUUUGAAAUGGCGAUCUAACACAAACUUGCUGCAGCAGAAUUUGAGACAGCUGAUGAAAGUUGAUGGUGGUGAAGUGGUUAAGUUCCUACAAGAUACACUGGAUGCACUUUUUAACAUCAUGAUGGAGAAUUCAGAGAGUGAGACGUUUGACACACUAGUGUUUGAUGCUUUGGUAUUUAUCAUUGGACUGAUUGCUGACAGAAAAUUUCAGCAUUUUAAUCCUGUCUUGGAAACCUACAUUAAGAAACAUUUCAGUGCUACUUUAGCCUACACAAAGCUGACUAAAGUUUUAAGAAAUUACGUGGAUAAUGCUGAGAAACCUGGCGUAACUGAUCAACUUUUUAAAGCCAUGAAAGCUCUGGAAUACAUCUUCAAAUUUAUAGUACGGUCCAGAAUAUUGUUCAAUCAACUUUAUGAAAACAAAGGAGAAGCAGACUUCAUGGAAUCCUUGCUUCAGCUAUUUAAGUCUAUCAAUGAGAUGAUGAGUGGUGUCUCUGAUCAAACUGUGAUGGUGAAGGGGGCUGCACUUAAAUACUUGCCAACUAUUGUCAAUGAUGUGAAAUUGGUAUUUGAUCCAAAAGAACUUAGCAAGCUGUUUACAGAUUUCAUCCUAAAUGUUCCAACGGGUCGGCUCACAAUUCAGAAGCUGUACUGUUUGAUCGAAAUAGUUCACAGUGACCUCUUCACGCAGCAUGACUGCAGGGAGAUCUUGCUGCCAAUGAUGACAGAUCAGUUGAAGUAUCAUUUGGAAAGGCAGGAAGACUUGGAGGCUUGCUGCCAACUGCUUAGUAACAUCCUGGAAGUCCUUUACAGGAAAGAUGUGGGACCAACACAGCGACAUGUCCAGAUAAUCAUGGAGAAGCUAUUGAGGACAGUAAAUAGAACCGUCAUUUCCAUGGGACGCGAUUCAGAGCUCAUUGGGAACUUCGUUGCAAGCAUGACAGCCAUUUUAAGACAAAUGGAAGACUAUCAUUAUGCUCAUUUAAUCAAGACUUUUGGAAAGAUGAGGUCAGAUGUUGUGGACUUUCUGAUGGAAACAUUCAUCAUGUUCAAGAAUCUCAUUGGGAAGAAUGUCUAUCCCUUCGACUGGGUUAUAAUGAACAUGAUGCAGAAUAAAGUCUUCCUGCGAGCAAUUAAUCAGUAUGCAGAUAUGCUAAACAAAAAAUUUCUUGACCAAGCCAACUUUGAGUUACAGCUUUGGAACAACUACUUCCACCUGGCUGUUGCUUUUCUUACACAAGAAUCUUUACAACUGGAGAAUUUUUCAAGUGCUAAAAGAGCCAAAAUACUUAACAAGUAUGGUGACAUGAGGAGGCAAAUUGGUUUUGAGAUCAGAGACAUGUGGUAUAACCUAGGUCAACAUAAGAUCAAAUUCAUCCCAGAAAUGGUUGGGCCCAUGUUGGAAAUGACACUGAUUCCUGAAACUGAGCUUCGGAAAGCUACAAUCCCAAUAUUCUUUGACAUGAUGCAGUGCGAGUUUCAUUCUACCAGAAGCUUCCAAAUGUUUGAAAACGAGAUCAUCACAAAACUGGAUCAUGAAGUGGAAGGAGGCAGAGGAGAUGAACAGUACAAAGUGUUAUUUGACAAAAUACUCUUGGAGCACUGCAGAAAACACAAAUAUCUUGCUAAAAAUGGAGAAACUUUUGUCAAACUUGUUGUCCGUCUGAUGGAAAGACUGCUGGAUUACAGAACUAUAAUGCACGAUGAAAACAAAGAAAAUCGCAUGAGCUGCACUGUCAAUGUACUGAAUUUCUACAAAGAAAUUGAAAGAGAAGAAAUGUACAUAAGAUAUUUGUACAAGCUAUGUGACCUGCACAAAGAGUGUGAUAACUACACUGAAGCUGCCUACACAUUACUUCUGCAUGCAAAGCUUCUUAAGUGGUCAGAAGAGGCAUGUGCAGCACAUCUUACUCAGCGAGAUGGAUACCAGGCAACUACUCAAGGACAACUUAAAGAUCAGCUUUAUCAAGAAAUUAUCCAUUACUUUGACAAGGGCAAGAUGUGGGAAGAGGCCAUUGCCUUGGGCAAAGAACUGGCAGAACAGUAUGAAAAUGAAAUGUUUGAUUAUGAACAACUCAGUGAACUGCUGAAAAAGCAAGCACAGUUCUAUGAAAACAUUGUGAAAGUGAUAAGACCUAAACCAGAUUAUUUUGCUGUUGGAUACUAUGGCCAAGGAUUCCCUACAUUUCUACGGAACAAAGUGUUCAUUUACCGUGGGAAGGAAUAUGAACGUCGUGAAGACUUUGAAGCAAGGUUAUUAACCCAAUUUCCAAAUGCCGAAAAAAUGAAGACAACAUCUCCACCAGGCGAUGAUAUUAAAAACUCCCCUGGUCAGUAUAUUCAGUGUUUUACUGUAAAACCAAAACUUGAUUUACCACCCAAAUUUCACAAGCCAGUAUCAGAGCAAAUUGUAAGUUUCUAUAGGGUGAAUGAGGUCCAACGAUUUGAGUAUUCACGGCCUGUCCGAAAAGGAGAGAAAAACCCAGAUAAUGAAUUUGCGAAUAUGUGGAUUGAGAGAACCAUCUAUGUGACAGCCUAUAAAUUACCAGGGAUUUUAAGAUGGUUUGAAGUCAAAUCAGUUUUCAUGGUUGAAAUCAGUCCACUGGAAAAUGCAAUAGAAACUAUGCAGUUAACAAAUGAUAAGAUCAAUAAUAUGGUUCAACAACAUUUGAGUGAUGCAGACCUACCUAUUAACCCCCUUUCUAUGCUACUUAAUGGCAUUGUGGAUCCUGCAGUCAUGGGAGGAUUCACAAACUAUGAAAAGGCUUUUUUUACUGAAAAAUACAUGCAUGAGCAUCCAGAAGAUCACGAAAAGAUAGAAAAACUAAAGGACCUCAUAGCAUGGCAGAUUCCAUUCCUGGCAGAAGGUAUCCGAAUUCAUGGAGAGAAAGUAACUGAAGCACUAAGGCCAUUUCAUGAGAGAAUGGAGGCCUGUUUUAAGCAGCUUAAAGAAAAAGUGGAAAAGCAAUACGGUAUCAGAACAAUUCCCUCAAGUUUGGAUGAUAGACGAGGCAGUCGGCCAAGGUCUAUGGUUAGAUCAUUCACAAUGCCUUCAUCUUCAAGACCUUUAUCUGUUGCAUCAGUAUCAUCUGUCUCAUCGGACAGCACCCCUUCCAGACCUGGCUCUGAUGGGUUUGUGCUUGAACCUCUUCUGCCAAAAAAGAUGCAUUCUAGGUCUCAAGAUAAGUUGGACAAGGAUGACCUAGAUAAAGAUAAGAAGGAAAAGAAGAAGGAAAAAAGGAACAGCAAACACCAAGAGAUAUUUGAUAAAGAGUUGAAAUCUACGGAUAUUUCUCUGCAACAAUCUGAAGCAGUGAUCCUUUCAGAAACGAUCAGUCCACUGAGACCACAAAGACCAAAGAGCCAAGUUAUCAAUGUCAUUGCAAGUGAAAGACGUUUUUCUGUCUCUCCGUCAUCUCCAGCUCCUCAGUCAACACCACCUCCAAUCACUCCAAGGACCAAACUUCCUUUCAAUUUACAGUCCAAUCUGGAGCUGAAUGGUAUCUCUAGUUUGGAAAUGGCAGACAUUCCUCCUCCUCUGCCUCUCAAAGGUAGCAUGGCAGAUUAUGGAAAUCUCAUGGAAAAUCAAGAAUUGAUUAGCCCUACAACACCCCCCGCUGCACAUCAAAGGCACCUGCCACCUCCAUUACCCAGCAAAACUCCACCACCGCCUCCUCCAAAGACUACUCGAAAGCAAACAUCUGUUGACUCUGGGAUUGUCCAGUGAACAAGAAAGCAUUUCUCCAAAGAUGAAGCUGUAAUAUUUCAUUUCCCUAAAUAUUUUAAGGUAUAUAACAGUUACCUCAUUCACGCCUGUAGUGUCUAACAUUUAGUGAAAUGAUUCUAACUCUGAACGGAACUCAUUUGUAACAGUAAAUCAGUUUUCUAAAGAGAUCAUGCCACUGGAAUAAAGCUGUCACAGGAUAAGGUGACCCAUUGCUUUUGUGGAGCUUGUGACCUAUUUUCAAAGCAAGGGGGCAUUUGUCAACUUAUAAUACACUAUUUCCUAUUUCAGAACGUUUUGCUUUGUCAUACCAAACUACUUAACAGAAAAUAGAAAUGGAUACUGGUGUGUAAUAAUGACCAUUGGGCACUAUGGGCCUGAUCCCAACACCUUUGGAAGUCAGUGAGAACAUUGGGCCUAAUAACAAUACUAAGAAGCAGCAUUAUGAUAGCUUCAAAUAAAAAAUGUGUUCAGCGCAUUACACAUUCAAAACCUGAUUUUCCUGUAGCUUUUUUAAUUGCUCUGUGUUAUAAAUAAGCUGAUUUCUGAUGAGCUUUUUUAAAACUUUCAUUAGUGGUUGGGCACUCCUCCUUCUGUCUGAUAUCAUUUUAAAUUAAGAUAACUUUUUAGCUACUGAACAGGCACUAAUUUAUAGGAAAAGAAACCAAGUAUACAAAUAUGGGACCUGAUGUGAUUCUACAACUGAACAGUUAAACAUAAGAACAGGAAGAGCUUUUUUUAUAAUGUGUAAUAUUUUAGGUGGAUUAGGACAAAUUGAAUGUUAUCUUUUUGUCCCUGUGUCAUCAUUCUGUACAGAAGUUUGUAUAUAUGAUGGUUCUUAGAAUGUUUUUAAUUUUUGCUGCCUGCUUUUCAUAUAAUAAUGAUUUGAUGUAUCUGCAAAUGAUUCCUUAUGUGUUUUUAAUUUUAACUGCUGGAAGUGUAUAAAUAGCUUAACUUUUUUUUUUUUCUAAAAAUUGGCAUCUGAAAAUAUUGGACAAUGAUAAGGGAAAAGAAAAGGAAAGUAACUCUUUUUUUUAUUCCUCUGUGUUUUUUAUUGCCCUCUCACUAUAUAUUUUUUACUAUCUACAAUCUUUAUAAUCUUACAGUAGAUUGUUUUAAAUACAUCACUGACUCAAAAAAUUAAGGAUUAUUUUUAAAAAAAGGUUUGUCUAAGAAAAUAAAUGUAUCUACUUUAUAUAUUUUUCAUCCUUUUUACGGAAGUGUUAUUAAUUUCAGGAGCUGCUUUGUUAAAUGUCUGUACUUUUAAUUUUCUGAAAUGCAGAUUUAUAACAAGAAUAAUUUGAAACUGCCUCUGAUAAAGUCUACAUUCUUACCCUAUUAUUUUAUAAUAGUUACAUAACUUGUUUAUGAUGCAUAAUGUAGUGUUGAAAUAAAUAAGAAUUUCAACACUA